UGCAACAGUGGUACUGGAGCACGGACAGGUUCACCAAACCUUCUCCCAAGGUUCUCGGAACCUCAACAAUACAAUCCAAUCUCUCAUUUUUUUUUUUCUCGUUCUCUCUCUUCCCAAUUUAAUCAUUCCAAUUUAAUUUUAUCUGAAAUUUAGAUAUCCAAUUACACUUCAUUUCUUCAGAUUCAGUCCUUCAGAUUCAGGUUUAAAAUGGAUCUUGAUGACAUUUUGGGUGACUCCCGGCCUGCGAGCCUUCCAACCAAGAGUGCAAUUUAUGUAUGGGGCUAUAACCAGUCUGGGCAAACGGCUAGAAAGGGUAAAGAGAGGAACUUGAGGAUCCCGAAGCAGCUCCCACCUGAGCUUUUCGGAUGCCCUGCCGGCAUUAAUUCACGCUGGUUGGAUAUUGCUUGUGGCCGAGAGCACACUGCGGCGGUGGCCUCAGACGGGUCGCUUUUUACUUGGGGGGCAAAUGAAUUUGGCCAAUUAGGGGAUGGAACUGAGAACGGUAGGAAACACCCCAAGAAAGUAAAACAACUGCAGACUGAAUUUGUAAUAUCAGUAUCUUGCGGAGCCCAUUGCACUGCUGCUAUUGCAGAACCGCGUGAAAAUGAUGGAACCAUCUCAUCUAGAAGACUUUGGGUUUGGGGGCAAAAUCAGGGCUCUAAUUAUCCACGUUUGUAUUGGGGAGCCUUUACUCCAAAUACGACCAUUCGCCAAGUUUCUUGUGGGGCUGUCCAUGUUGUGGCUCUAUCAGAGGAUGGCCUGCUUCAAGCUUGGGGCUACAAUGAAUAUGGUCAGCUUGGAAGAGGUGUUACUUGUGAGGGACUUCAGGGAGCUCGUGUUAUAAGUGCGUACGCGAAGUUCCUUGAUGAAGCCCCUGAGCUUGUGAAGAUAACCCAAGUGUCAUGCGGGGAGUACCACACUGCAGCUAUUUCAGAGAAAGGCGAGGUCUAUACCUGGGGGCUAGGAAAUAUGGGUCAACUUGGGCAUUGUUCUCUUCAGUAUGGGGAUAACGAGUUAUUACCUAGGCGAGUGGUUUCCCUUGACGACAUAUUCAUAAAGGAUAUUGCAUGUGGUGGUGUGCAUACAUGUGCUAUGACUGUGAAAGGGGCUCUUUAUGCUUGGGGUGGUGGUCAAGCAGGGCAGCUAGGCCUUGGUCCUCAAACUGGAUUGUUCUCAUGUGUCCCUAAUGGAUCUGACAUGAUGCUUCGCAAUAUCCCUGUUUUGGUUGUCCCAGCUGAUGUGCAACUUGUUGCUUGUGGACAUUCUCACACACUUAUUUCUACAAGAGAUGGAAGAAUUCAUGGAUGGGGUUACAAUAGCUAUGGUCAAGCUGCUAAUGAGAAAUCCACAUAUGCUUGGUAUCCAUCACCCGUUGAUUGGUGCGUUGGGGAAGUACGGAAACUGGCUGCUGGUGGUGGCCAUUCAGCUGUGUUGACGGAUGCAUGUUCCUUGAAGGAGUUGUGCGAGUUCAGGAUAGCAGACACUCUGACUCUGUCAAAUGCUUCUGAGGUUGAGGAUAUCGCGGCCAGAACUGGAUCAGAUGCUCUAGUACGCUUUUGUGAAAGAUUAAGGGAACAUUUGCUUGACGUUGGUGAUUGCUGGUACGAAGAAGAUGAAUUUGAAGAGGUCAGGAACUGAGAAUACAAUCAAACUGGUUCCAGUAUUACCAACUAUCCUGUUGUUGUGUAUUAACUGUAUAUCAUCUCUUUAUUAUUGAUCCAAGAAGGCAGACUCGAAAAACAGGGGAGCUUUUUGUCAUUAAAUUAUCAAUGACUGAUCAUUGAAAUCCUGUAAUCUUGGAUGUGUAGUUAAACAUUUGUAAAACCAUCAUUAGUCCCUGUACUUCAUAUUUGACAGCAUAAUACCAGGUGUUCAUAUUAAUAUUAUGUAAUGAGGUCGAAGCUUUUGGAUUGGUACU